UAGGUAAGAUUGUCUCUGACAUCACUUAGCUAUAUAGUGAGAUCGCGAGUGGUUAGUCUUUGGGUGACAGAGGAAACUGCUCCCUGACUGAUAAGCAAGCACUGCAAUAGAGACACACAUGCUGUUUCAUAAGGAUACUCCUGCUUUCCAGAUAUGACCAUGUUUUUGUGGCUUGAACUCUUGGCAUUUGGCUUUGCCCUUCUGGACAACAAUGUUUUUGUCAAAGGAGAAACAACUAUAAAUUCUCCCAUGCCCACAAGCACAUCACCUCUACCCGCACGCUUCACUGCACACUCAUCUGCAGGCGACAAUGAAGGGCAAAUGCAGACCUCUACUGAAACUGGCAUCAUUCCAACAAGCAGCACAAACAUCAGCACUCAUGAAGACUCAAACUCUUCCUUUGGAUCCAGCAAUCAGCCACACAGCAGCACUGCUGCCCUUACUUCACUCACUCCUGCUACCACCACAUAUAAACCAUCAGAUACUUCCAAUCCGCCACGCUUGCAUGCCACCUCACCAUCUGUGAACCAUACUCCAACCAGCACUCAAGCAAACAUUUCUCAGCCUUCCUCAAAAACCACUUUGACUACUCCCACUCUCACACCAGAAACUACUAUAGUGCCAACUACUACUCAAAUACCUUGUGAAAAAGUUGAUUUUAAUGUGAUGUAUAACUACAGUGAUGUAGUCCCAGUCACUGCAAAGUUGUACAUUUCUGGAGAAAAGAGAGAAUACAAUAUUUCCUGCAACUCCACUUGUAACGUGAAAAAAGAAGACCAAAGUAUUGAAGGACUUAUGGAAUGUCAGGCAUAUAACAUUACCGUUAGAUAUAAUGAAUGCGACAGCGUAUCACGUGUAAUUCAUGUCCCACCUGAUAGAGCUAGGUACAGUUUGGAAAGCCAUGAAAUAACCGAUACAUCUGUAAAAUUGAGUUGGAAUGACAGAUCUUCUUGCUCUUUGAACUACACUUUUGCCUGUGAAAAUGGGAAUGAUAACCAAACCAUUACAGAACAUCAGAAAACACUGAGACAUUUAUCACCCAACACGAAUUACACAUGCAGUGGAACUAUAUACUAUUUUGAGAAUACAGUUGUGCAGAAAACCAUUACUAUAUCAACAGAUUAUGGAAAACCAGAGAAACCUAAGGGACUUCAAAAUCAAACAAUUACUUCUGAUGCUAUAUCAUUUAGCUGGGAAGCACCCCAAAACAAAUUUAAAAUUCCUGUCAAUGGCUAUCGUGUUAAGUGUGUAGAUAAGGUCGAACUUGUCUCUAGGACCACUUUUAACUGCUCUAACUUAAUGCCUUACACAUUAUAUAAUGUGUCAGUAGAGGCAUACACAAACAGCAAAUAUCCACCAAACGACAAAGUUUAUGGGAACGCUGUAAUUGAACAAUGGCGCACAAAAGCAUCAGAACCAACUAAAGUGAAAAAUAUAGAAAAAAAAUGGAUAUACAAUAAUGCUGUCCUCAUUACAUGUAAAGAGGAUUUUGUAAAUGGGGAAAAAAAAACAUUCACACUGGUAUGGGAGGGGAAGGCUGAAACUAAAGAAGACACAUGUGAGUUUCGAAAAGAAGAUCUUUAUUAUCUGAAGCAAUACAACUUUGAGAUUUAUCUGCACAAUGGACAAUAUAGAGGGGAAUCUGUCAAAGAGCAAAUAACGACAAAAUACAAUUCUCAAGCCCUGAUUAUAUUCCUGGCAUUCUUGAUUAUUGUGACAUCAAUUGCCUUACUUAUUGUUCUGUAUAAAAUCUAUGAUCUCCAUAGAGAGAAAUUAAGCAAUUCAGGUGAAGAUGUGGUGCUUGUUAAGAGGGAUGAUGAAAAACAACUGAUGAAUGUAGAGCCAAUUCCUGCAGAAAUGUUGUUGGAAACCUACAAGAGAAAGAUUGCUGAUGAAGGAAGACUUUUCCUUGAUGAAUUUCAGAGCAUUCCCAGAGUUUUCUCUAAGUUCUCAAUAAAGGAAGCACGCAAAAACUACAACCAAAACAAAAACCGUUACAUUGAUAUUCUCCCUUAUGAUUAUAACCGAGUUGAACUCUCAGAGAUGGAUGGAGACCCAGGAUCAGACUAUAUAAAUGCAAGCCAUAUCGAUGGUUUCAAAGAACCAAGGAAAUACAUUGCUGCACAAGGCCCCAAGGAUGAGACCACUGAUGAUUUCUGGAGAAUGAUCUGGGAACACAAGGCAACAAUUAUUGUUAUGGUGACUCGCUGUGAAGAAAAUAAUAGGAACAAAUGUGCUCAAUACUGGCCGACAACGGAGAAUAGCACUGAAACUUUUGGGGACAUUGUUGUGAAGAGCAAUGAAAGUAAAACAUGUCCUGACUACAUUAUUCAGAAACUGCAUAUUACAAAUAGAAAGGAGAAGACACCUGGGAGAGAUGUGACUCACAUUCAGUUCACUAGCUGGCCAGACCAUGGAGUGCCUGAAGAUCCUCAUCUUCUCCUCAAAUUACGUCGCAGAGUUAAUGCUUUAAGCAACUUUUUUAGUGGCCCAGUAGUGAUUCAUUGCAGUGCUGGUGUUGGACGUACUGGAACCUAUAUUGCUAUCGAUGCUAUGCUGGAGGGGCUGGAGGUGGAAGGCAGAGUGGAUGUUUAUGGCUAUGUUGUAAAGCUCCGUCGACAGCGAUGCCUAAUGGUUCAAGUGGAGUCACAGUACAUCCUGAUCCAUCAAGCACUGGUGGAAUACAAUCAGUUUGGUGAAACAGAGGUCACUCUCUCUGAACUGCACACCUACCUUAAUAAUCUAAAGAAAAGAGAUCCUCCCAGUGACCCAUCUCUGCUGGAAGCAGAAUUCCAGAGGCUACCAUCCUACAGGGGAUGGCGGACACAGAACACUGGCAAUCGACAGGAAAAUAAAAGUAAAAACCGUAAUUCCAAAAUGAUUCCAUAUGACUUUAACAGAGUACCAAUUAAACAUGAAGAGGAGAAAAGCAAAGAGAGUGAACAUGAUUCAGAGGAAUCAUCUGAUGAGGACAGUGAUUGUGAGGAAGCAAGCAGAUACAUAAAUGCAUCAUUCAUAACUGGCUACUGGGGUCCAAAAGAAAUGAUUGCAACUCAAGGGCCACUACCAGAAACGAUCAAUGAUUUCUGGCAAAUGAUCUUUCAAAGAAAAGUCAAAGUAAUUGUUAUGUUGACGGAGCUGAAAGAUGGAGAUCAGCAACUCUGUGCACAAUACUGGGGAGAAGGAAAGCAAACAUAUGAAGGUAUAGAAGUUGAAAUGAAAGAUGUCAACCUGUCUUCUAGCUACACCAUACGCUCAUUUGAUGUAACACAUGUGAAGAGGAAAGAAACUCGAAAUGUGUAUAUGUACCAGUACCACAAGUGGAAUAGCUUGGACCUUCCUGAAAAUCCCAAAGACUUAGUCACCAUGAUUCUGAACCUCAAACAAAAACUUGCAGCUAAAUGUGUCACUGAGGACAUCAGAUGCAGCCGUAGUGUUCCAAUUGUCAUUCACUGCCGUGAUGGAUCCGAACAAACUGGUGUAUUUUGCGCCUUGUUGACUCUCUUGGAAAGUGCAGAAACAGAAGAUGUGAUAGAUGUCUUCCAAGUUGUGAAGUCUCUUCGACGUGCCAGGCUAGGAAUGGUCUCCACUUUUGAACAAUACCAGUUCCUGUAUGAUACUAUUAGCAGCAUCUACCCUGCACAGAAUGGACAAGUAAAGAAAAACAGCAAGCAGGAAGAUACAGUUGAAAUUGACAUUGAAGCAGAUAAAACAAAUCAGGAGGCUAAUUUGAUUACUAUCGAUAUCACUUCACUGGAGUCAGAGGCCAAUAUGAAUAUGGAAGUGCGUGAAGAUUCCAAAUCUGCAGAUGGCACUCAGGGAACAGAAAGCUCUUCAAAUGGACCCAAGACUCCAGUUUUAACUGAGAGUGCAUAGAAAAAUAUAUGAAAUUUGGAUAUACAAAGGCAUCUUAAACAGAAUAGGUAGUAGAGAUUUGAUCUUGAGUUAAUUUUUCAGAGGUACGAUAUGGAAAGAAUACUUGAAAUUUGUGGAUAAUGUAAUGCACUGUGAAAAUUUAAUUUCUGUGUAGAUUUGCAUUUUAUUCCUUUCAAAUUAUUUGAAUUAUUUUUGAUCUUUUUACAAAUCUGUAUAUUGUAAUGCUGAUUUUCAUUAUGGUCUGGUAUUCAGGAGUGGAAAGAAAAGUCAUGCUACCUUUUUUCAAUCUUAUUUUUUGUUAUAAGAAAGUAAGUAGCCAGGACCGGAAUCUCUAAUAAUGUACAGUCAUAAAUAUAAAGUUAGAAGUAUGGCAAAUAUGAGUUUUUUUGUAAGUAAUUAUUGUCUUACUAUCUUUAAAUUGACUUAGUGGCUAAGGAGUAUGGCCUGAAUUUCAGAAAUGCAAUUCCUAUUGACUUUAGUUAGGGUUGUGCUUGCUUUGCAGGUGCUUUGCAGAACAGCAAAGCCAUAUCUGGGCCAUAUCUUACAGAUCCAUUGAAGUCUAUGGGGAUUUAUACAAGCUGAGUAAUUAACUGGUCCCCCACAUCCUUACCAAUCUAGGACUGUAAGCUUUGCAUUUUUCUAACUGGCCUCAAGAUGUCCUCAUUGCUCCACACAAAUUCAUCUAAGGUUUCAAUAUUUGAAAGAAGAAAGUCCAGAACUUGGAGUAUUGACUGAUUGGAGAAACUUUGGUAGUUAAUUGAAUUGAUAUUUGGCCACUUGAGAUCCCAUGUGUUACCACAACUGCUUCUUGUGCUAUUUUUUUCUAAUUUAAAGAGAGAGCUUCUGCAAAAGUGUCAUACCUAUUUCCAAAAUACUAUGCUAGUAAUAGUACAUGCUACUAGCACAUUGCUGAUUUUAUUUAGUAGUUUCAUAUUAUGUGAUGAUUUGUAUGUUACAGUUUGGAUUAUUUUACUAUUGCCUUAGUGGAUUUCAGCCUAAUCUUUUAAAGCCAAAUAAAAAAGACAAUUAAUAAAUUGCA